UGAUUGGCCGCUUUUGCCCGCCCAGGUCACGCCCCGCCACGGGAGGGCGGCUUCCGAGAGCGCAAUUCCAGGGGGCCAACCCGCGCUCUGUGGGAUCUCUGCGGAAGUAGCCGGCCGCAGCUUACUAGGGCGGUUUAGUCCUCCCGGACCCAGCCGCGUCACCUCAGCCCAGGGACCGCCACCAUCCAGCUCCGGUCCAUUGGAAGAAGGGGGCGUAUGCAAACAACUUGGAGUUCCAAGCUCCUCAUUGAUCUGUCGAAGGCCUCCUCCCCGCCGUGCUCCCGCGGCCGGCGCCGUGGGCAUGCGGGCGCGGCCUGCGCGCGCGUGAGCGAGAAUGGGGACGCAGGGCAGUCCGGUCAAAAGCUACGACUACCUCCUCAAGUUCCUGCUGGUGGGCGACAGCGAUGUGGGCAAGGGCGAGAUCCUGGAGAGCCUACAGGACGGCGCGGCCGAGUCCCCUUACGCCUACAGCAACGGGAUCGACUACAAGACGACUACCAUCCUGCUGGAUGGCCGGCGGGUCAAGCUGGAGCUCUGGGACACGUCGGGCCAAGGCAGGUUCUGCACCAUCUUCAGGUCCUACUCCAGAGGCGCACAGGGGAUCCUCCUGGUAUAUGAUAUCACCAACCGCUGGUCCUUUGAUGGCAUUGACCGAUGGAUCAAGGAGAUUGAUGAGCAUGCACCUGGGGUCCCCCGGAUCCUGGUUGGGAAUCGGCUGCACCUGGCUUUCAAGCGGCAAGUUCCAACAGAGCAGGCACGUGCCUACGCAGAAAAGAACUGCAUGACCUUCUUCGAGGUCAGCCCGUUGUGCAACUUCAAUGUCACCGAGUCCUUCACUGAGCUGUCCCGUAUCGUGCUCAUGCGGCAUGGCAUGGAGAAGAUCUGGAGGCCCAACCGAGUGUUCAGCCUGCAGGACCUCUGCUGCCGUGCCAUCGUCUCCUGCACCCCCGUGCACCUCAUCGACAAGCUCCCACUGCCUGUCACCAUCAAGAGCCACCUCAAGUCCUUCUCGAUGGCCAAUGGCAUGAAUGCCGUGAUGAUGCAUGGGCGUUCCUACUCUCUGGCCAGUGGGGCGGGGGGUGGCGGCAGCAAGGGCAACAGCCUCAAGAGGUCUAAGUCCAUCCGUCCCCCCCAGAGCCCACCCCAGAACUGCUCCAGGAGCAACUGCAAGAUCUCCUAGCAGGGGAGGCAGGCACCGCCCAUCCGGACACGCUUGGGGAGUGAGGUCUCAGGCUUGGGGAAGCUCCUUGCUGGGCGCUCGGGCGGCACCAUGUGCAGAGAAGACUUUGGCCACAUGACCCCUCCUGGGACCGUGGGGCACACCUAGUAGGCAGGUGGUCUCAGCCAGAGGAGCCCUGUAGGACAGCAGAGGCUGGGCCUCUAAACAAGCCCAAGUCCCCACCUGCUGUUCCUGGUCCCACCUCGAGGGAACUGUCCUGGGGAC